GGGAGAUUGCAUCCACUCGAUCUACUUCACGCAAAGGCAAAGGUAAAGCGCGGGCCGAGUCUUCUUUUCAAAGUCGAGAUGAUUUUGAAACGGAUUACCAACGGCGAGAUGGUAUGAUGAUGUCCGACGACGAACUACAACACCUAUUGUCCCAAAAUGAUCCACGUUUUGCACAAGAACAACAAUUCCCGACAACCAUCGAUGAAGAGGAGCUCGAGGAUGACGAUGGGGAGGAGGACGCGGGGGGCGACGGGACUCCGGAUGAUGAGCAAGAGGACGAGGGCCCUUCAACGACUACAACCAAAAUUGGUGUCCCAGUGAAAAUGAUGAACGUCAGAGGCCUUGCAGACCUGAAGAAGAAAAAACCCUCCAAGGGCCCGAGGGGGACGGACGCCGGUGUCCCAAAACCCGCCGGUGACUUCUUCAAAAAACCGGAGGGGCCGUCGGUUGGCCCAAGUGCUGAUGCUGCCGCUGCCGCCAAAAGGAAGGGCUCGGGCAGAGAUCCCGAGGGCAAGAAGCCCAAGACGGGGGAUGCCGGGAAGAAAGUCCCCCCGGUGAUCAUUGUUGAUGAAGGCCCUGCCUCCGGGGCGAAUGAGGACACGCAGGUGGCGAAGGUGCCGCCGGGAGUUCAGGGGCCAUCUUCCGAGGUCCUCAUGGUUUCCCUCCCGGCUGGUACGGCCGUGAUGAACGGUACGGCCGACCCGAGGGCGCUUCUGAGAGGCAUCACCCUCGAGAUUGACAGAGUAGCCCUCGGGGCUGAUGAAGACGAAGCCCUCGAGGACAGGAUCCUCCGGUCUUCCCUCACAACCUGCAUUGCCCUCGGGGAGCAAGCCCGGCGGCUAGAUGAGUGGCGCCUUCGCAAGGCCGAGCAGGAGGCCAAGAUGCGGGAGCUCAUCCGCCAGAAUGCAGACGCUGUUCGACAGAUGGCUAUGCUGGAGGAGAGCCUUCGACAGAUGACCCUGCGGGCGGAGGCCGCAUAUCGGGGUAGGGCAGAAGCCGAGAGGUCCGCAGUUGAGGCCUUGGAGAGAGCUGUCAAGGAAGCCGAGGCCGCGAAGGUGGAAGCCGUCGAGAGAGCCCGAGGGGACGCAAUCUCGGGGUUCCUGGCAGGGGGGGUGGCGGUCCGAGGAGCACAAGCAAUGGCUGUCCUCGGUCGUCGAGUCCUCGGUCGACGAGUGGUGUGAUGGGCCUGGCGUGGAGUGGGUUUCCCGAAAGGGUAAACAAUACUAUGAUGGGGGCGAGUUUUUCACUCAAGCCCUCAUCUACCGGAGGAUGGCUCGCCACUUAAAGAUCGAGCCAAAAGACUUUGACCCGACAACAUACGGGCUCCCCCUGCAACCAGACAUCCGCGUUCCUCUUCCCCCCGAUGUCGAGAGGCCGGACCUAGAG